AUGGCCGUCAUCACAACAUACCUGCCCAUUGUGGUGGGUAUUGCCCUCAUCAUCCGCCUGCUCAUGGUAGGACGGAGGCCCAAGAACUAUCCUCCUGGUCCCCCUACCAUUCCCAUCCUUGGUAACCUUCACUUGAUGCCAACCAAAGAUGUUCAUCUUCAGUUUGAAAAGUGGGCUCGCGAAUAUGGCCCCGUCUACAGUCUCAUUCUCGGAACCAAGGUCAUGGUCGUUCUCUCUGGUGACAGGGCCGUCAAGGACCUUCUCGACAAGAAGAGCAACAUGUACUCGCACAGACAGGAGAUGUACAUUGGUCAGACGCUCUGCUCCGGUGACCUGCGCAUUCUCAUGAUGGGCUACACCCCAAAGUGGCGUAUGUGCCGCAAGCUCGCCCACGCUCUCCUCAACAUCUCGUCCGCCAAGUCCUACCCCGACGAUUUCCUCUACAACAUCCGCCGCUAUUCCAACGCCCUGACCACCACCAUGGUUUACGGCUGGCGCACACCCACCUACAACGACGAGAAGAUGCAGCAGCUCUUUGACGGCUUCUCCGAGUUCGCCGAGAUCAACCAGACCGGCAUGGCCGCCCUCAUCGACUUCUUCCCCAUCCUCCGCUACCUCCCCGACUUCCUCCUCCCCUCCCGCCAGAAGGCCAAGGAGCUGCACAAGAAGGAACUCGCUCUCUACAAGGGCCACUGGCUCAAGGCCAAGGAGGACACGCUCAAGGGCACCAUCACACACUGCUUCUGCGAGGACCUCGUGCCCGUGCAAAAGAAGGAAGGAUUCUCCGACGAUCAAGCCGCCUACAUCGCCGGCACCCUUCUGGAAGCCGGUUCCGACACCACCUCGUCCACUCUCUACGGUUUCGUCCAAGCCAUGCUUUUGUAUCCCGAAGUCCAGCGCAAGGCGCAGGAAGAAAUCGACCGCGUCGUCGGCUCCGACCGCCUCCCCACCAUGGACGACGAGCCCAACCUGCAGUACAUCCGCGCCAUCGUCAAGGAAUCUCUCCGCUGGAUGCCCACGACCAUCAUGGGCGCCGUUCCGCACGCUGUUACGCAAGACGACUACUACAACGGCUACCUGAUCCCCGCCAGCGCUGGCGUCGUCAACAACGCCUGGGCCAUCAACAACGACCCCGUCCGCGCCCCCGAGCCGCGCAAGUUCAAGCCCGAGCGCUACAUGGGCGACAAGCUCUCGCUCGCCGAUUCCGCCGCCAACCCCGACCCGUCCAAGCGCGACCAGUUCACCUUCGGUGCCGGCCGUCGCAUCUGCCCCGGCAUUCACAUCGCCGAGCGCUCGCUCUUCCUCGGCGUCUCGCGCAUGAUCUGGGGUUUCAACAUUGCGCCCAAGAUCGGCGAGGACGGAAAGCCAAUUAUCCCCGAUCAGGAGAAGCUUACCCAGGGAUUCGUCUGCAUGCCUGAGGAGUUCCCUGCUACGAUCACGCCCCGUGACAACAAGAGGAAGAAGAUCAUCGAGGACGAGUGGUUUGCUGCCGAGAGGGAGUGUCUUGACCCUGAGACGAAGCAGUGGAAGCAGGGUAUGAACUGGGUGCCUAAGGUUAAGGCUUAA